AUGGGUAUAACAAUCGUUCUGGGCAGCCAGUGGGGUGACGAAGGCAAGGGGAAGAUCACGGAUAUGCUUUCACAGCAGGCUACUCUCUGCUGUCGUGCCGCUGGCGGUCAUAAUGCGGGUCAUACAAUUGUCCAUGGCUCUAAGACUUAUGAUUUUCACAUCCUCCCCUCGGGCUUGAUCUCCCCUGUAUGCGUUAACCUCAUCGGCGCGGGAACCGUUGUGCAUGUCCCCAGCUUUUUUAGGGAAUUGGCCUCUCUUGAGGAGAAGGGUCUGGAGAAUGCUAGAAAGCGUGUUUUUAUCUCCGACCGUGCUCAUGUCUGUUUCGACCUGCACUCCGUUGUGGAUGGCCUGGAGGAGGCCAGGCUGGGUGGCCGCAAGGUUGGCACCACAGGCAAGGGUAUUGGUCCUUGCUACAGCGACAAGGCUUCUAGACGGGGUGUUCGUGUUGGUGAGAUCUUGGAUGAGACUGUCUUUGAGCGCAAAUUGCGCUCACUGCACGCUGGUUACCUUGCCCGCUUUGGCGAAUUGGAGUAUAAUGUUGAGGAUGAGAUUACGCGGUUCAAGGAAUAUCGGAAACUCCUUGGUCCAUACAUUGUCGAUCAGUUGGCCUUCCUUCAAAAAUACAAGGACUCCUCCAACACUCUCAUCGAAGGUGCUAAUGCGCUUAUGCUUGAUCUGGACCAUGGCACUUACCCCUUUGUGACUUCGUCAUCCACCGGCUUGGGAGGAGCCGUUCAGGCCCUCUCUCUGAACCCCACAAGCAUUAAGUCGGUCGUUGGUGUAGUGAAAGCCUACACCACUCGCGUGGGCUCCGGUCCCUUCCCGAGUGAACAGCUCAACGAAGUUGGCGAGAAGUUGCAGGAAGUUGGCCGUGAAUUCGGCGUCACCACCGGCCGCCGUCGUCGAUGCGGUUGGCUCGAUUUGGUUAUUUGCCGCUAUUCUCAAGCGAUCAAUCAUUAUACUGCAUUGAACUUGACCAAACUGGAUGUCCUAGAUGGCUUUGACGAGAUCAAGGUCGGUGUUGCCUAUAUCCUCCCGGACGGCACCCGCAUGGAGAGUGCCAUUCCCGCCGAUGCCGAUGUCUUGGACAAGGUCCAGGUCGAAUACGUUACUCUUCCUGGCUGGAAGAGCAACACCAUGGGAGUCAAGAAGUAUGGGGAUCUCCCACCUAAUGCACGUGCAUACAUCGAGUUCAUUGAGCGUGAACUGGGAGGUGUCCCUGUGAAAUGGAUUGGCACUGGCCCUGCUAGAGAUGACAUGAUUUGCCGUGAGUAA